ACCCCCUCCGAGUCUGCCCCCGGUCCUCAGGCAUUCCUGCGGAGACCACCAAGAGCUCCGCCGGGAGCGGCGUUACUCUCGAACACCUAGCUCCAACACGCGGAGCGCGGCAGCGCAGGGCCCUUUAAGGGGUGGAGUCAGGGCGGUCCUUUGGACCGCCUUCCUCUGACGUAGAUCGACGCGAACCGCCUCGGCGUGCGCCUCGCCCAACCGCCUUUUUUCUUUUCCUUCCCGUCGCGUUCCUGGGUUGACCCCGGAAGUGGAAGCCGGAGCGGGUCGGCUGUGGCGGCGGGGACGGAAGGCGGAAGCGGAGCGGGAGCGGGAGGCGGAGCUGGGGGGCUUGUCCCGGGCCCAGCUGCUCGACGCGGGAGUAGUUACCGUGGCUGUGAGGCUUCAGAAUCCAACCAUGAUGGCUGUGACUUAGCCCACCUGGGAAGCACCCCGUCUCCCCUCCCCCGCCCCGGGGUCAUGGUCCAGAAGCAUCCCAAAGAAAGAAGGUUGUGUGGAGCCCCCCAUCGCGGUAGGGCCGCCCUCAGGACUCCAGAACCUUCCGUACACCCUGAAACAGUUUCUUGCUCAGGACUUAGGGACUCGGCGCGGACAGCUCCAAAUGGGACCCGCUGCCUCACCCAACAUGCUGGGCCUAAAUACACACAGCCCCCGAACCAGGCCUAUUGGGUGGAUCCGAGCCAUGGCCCCCCACAGGGACCGGGGCCACCUGGGGUUCCAGAAGACCUUGAGCAGAGUGAGGUCUCUUCGGGAGAAGAAUCGGGACUGGACCAGGAUGUUGCGAGGGAGACUGAGACCGGGGGCCAGGAGGAGGAUGGGGACCCUUCUUGUCCUUCCGUUCCAGCCACUUGCACCUGCCAGAGCACCUCUAGGGUCCCUGAAGGACCUUCCUCUGAUGGGGGAGAUGGCUCUUCCAGCAACCUUUGCCACCAUUGUACCUCUCGGGCCUCAGGAGAAGAGGAAGAUUUGGAAGAAGAUUAUGACGAGGAAGAACCCCUGAAGUUCCCCAGUGAUUUUGCACGUGUGUCUGGUGGAAAGAAACCUUCGUCCAGGAGACAGCGGCCCCGCCUCCUGGCCAAGGAGGAGAGCCGGGAGGGUGGACGCAGAGAAGCCAGGCCACCUGGUCGACACCGUUUGAGCCGCAAGCGCAGUCAGGGGGAGAAGCACCGGGGUAUGGGCUUCUGGGGCGCCAAGGAGCUUUGUCAGCUGGGACAGGCGGGCUUCUGGUGGCUCAUUGAGCUGCUGGUGCUGGUGGGAGAGUAUGUGGAGACAUGUGGUCAUCUCAUCUAUGCCUGCAGGCAGUUGAAAGGCAGUGACCUGGACCACUGCCGUGUGUGGGUGGCUGCCUGGACUGGGCGGCUGGGGGGCUGGGCCCAGGUGGCGAUCCACACUCUAAGCCAGGCGUUCUCCGUUGGAACAGGACUCCUCACCCGUUUUCUUAGGCUACUGGGUGCUUUGCUGCUUCUGGCUCUGGCCCUCUUUUUGGGCUGUUUACAGUUGGGGUGGCGGUUUCUGGUGGGAUUGGGCAACCAAUUGGGCUGGAGGGAUAAGGCCACCUGGCUCUUGUCCUGGCUGAACUCUCCAGCCUUGCAGCGCUGCCUGACUUGGCUCAGAGAGAGCAGGCCGUGGCAGCAGCUGAUGAGAAUAGUUGAACGGGGUUGGCUGGAAUUGCCUUGGGUCAAGCGGAGGACUGACAGCCAGGGGAGUGCACCUGUGGCCAGUGGGCGGUCCUGCCAACCUGAAGAGGAAGUGGCUCGACUCUUGACCAUGGCUGCGGUUCCUGAGGAUGAGCUGAAUCCUUUUCUUGUGCUGGGAGUUGAAGCCACAGCAUCAGAUGCUGAACUGAAGAAAGCCUACCGGCAGCUGGCAGUGUUGGUUCAUCCUGACAAAAACCAUCAUCCCCGGGCUGAGGAGGCUUUCAAGGUUUUACGGGCAGCUUGGGACAUUGUCAGCAACCCUGAAAGGCGGAAGGAAUAUGAGAUGAAACAAAUGGCAGAGAAUGAGCUGAGCCGAUCAGUAAAUGAGUUUCUGUCCAAGUUACAAGAUGACCUCAAAGAAGCAAUGAAUACUAUGAUGUGUAGUCGAUGCCAAGGAAAGCACAGGAGGUUUGAAAUGGAUCGGGAAGCUAAGAGUGCCAGAUACUGUGCUGAGUGUAACAGGCUGCAUCCGGCUGAGGAAGGAGACUUUUGGGCAGAGUCAAGCAUGUUGGGCCUCAAAAUCACCUACUUUGCACUGAUGGAUGGAAAGGUGUAUGACAUCACAGAGUGGGCUGGAUGUCAGCGUGUGGGAAUCUCGCCAGAUACCCACAGAGUUCCCUAUCACAUCUCGUUUGGUUCUCGGAUGCCAGGAGCCAGUGGUCGGCAGCGAGCCGCCUCCAAUAGCCCUCCUGCUGACCUGCAGGAUUUCCUGAACCGGAUCUUUCAAGUACCCCCAGACCAUAUGUCCAAUGGUAGUUUCUUUGCAGCUCCUCAGCCUGGUCCUGGGCCCACUGCAGCCUCAAAGUCCAGCAGCACAGUACCCAAGGGAGAAGCCAAAGCAAAACGGCGGAAGAAAGUGAGGAGGCCUUUCCAACGUUGACCACCGCCCAUACCCGUGUCCCUCCACCCCACCCUUUUUCCUCAAAUCAAUGUCAGGGAGUCAAAAGGGCUGUGUACAGCACAGGAUGGAGUUUGAUUUGUUUAUUUUUAAAUAUUUUUAAAGGGAAAAUUUUGAGCUUAAAUUGUUCACCUAGUACUUGUAGAAAGACCUAAAGCACUCUCUCUUCCCCUAGCAUCCAGGAACUGAAUCUUGUCUUCUGACAAUACCAAAGAAAUACGGGGGAGUGGUUAGAGCCAAGAGCCUAGGGUUUGGACUAGGGGCAGACAGUAUUCCCCUUAAAGUGUGGGAACUGGGCCUUUCCCUGUGGUCCACACGCCUUUUUCUUUUAGAGCAGAUGAUGCUCUCCCACCUCCCUUUAAAAUUAUGAGUUUACCUAAUUUCGUGACUUUUUUCAGGAGGGACCCCUUCCUUUGCCUUGAGAUACUAGAUAAAAGACAGAAUAAGGAAGUAUGUAGCCCUGUCAUAAGAAACUCAAAGAAGUUCAGAGAGAGAAAAUGCCCAUUUUCCCUCUUUCACCUUGUGGGCAAAUCACCCAUCUCCAGGCUUGCUGUUGCAAGGAUGGUCAAAAUUAAUUUUUAAAAAGUAGACUCAUACCCUCUGCCCUUGGGUGAGGGGGGAGAAAGAAGAUGGCUCCCAGAUGCCCUCUUGUGAUUCAAGGGUUUGUAUUUUUUUAAGUUCGUUCAUUUUGUAUGUACAUAUCUAUUUAAAGCCAGGAGAUUAUCUUUCUAUAAAUAUGUAACUGG